ACGCAUUUGACGGCAGCAGACACACAGCAGUACCUUGUCUGCGCCAGUCACAGGACAUCACAACAGGCGGCGUCUCCUAUUCCAUCCCUACUGUCGAGCAGCGAGCGCACCUUACACGCAAAGGAUUGUUCAGCGUCUUCCAGGCCAAUAUGGGGAAGGAGAAACUCCACAUUAACAUUGUGGUUAUAGGACAUGUGGACUCGGGCAAGUCCACCACCACGGGUCACCUCAUCUACAAGUGCGGCGGCAUCGACAAAAGAACAAUUGAGAAGUUUGAGAAGGAAGCUGCAGAGAUGGGAAAGGGAUCGUUUAAAUAUGCUUGGGUUUUGGACAAACUCAAGGCUGAGCGUGAACGUGGAAUCACCAUUGACAUCUCUCUGUGGAAGUUUGAGACCAGCAAGUACUAUGUCACCAUCAUUGAUGCUCCAGGACACAGGGACUUCAUCAAGAACAUGAUCACUGGGACAUCACAGGCUGACUGCGCUGUGUUGAUCGUGGCUGCAGGUGUGGGUGAGUUUGAAGCUGGCAUCUCAAAGAACGGCCAGACCCGUGAGCACGCCUUGCUUGCCUACACGCUGGGCGUGAAGCAGCUCAUUGUAGGUGUCAACAAGAUGGAUUCAACUGAGCCCAACUACAGCCAGAAGCGCUACGAAGAGAUUGUGAAGGAAGUCAGCACUUACAUCAAGAAGAUCGGGUACAAUCCCGACACCGUGGCCUUCGUACCCAUUUCAGGCUGGAAUGGAGACAACAUGUUGGAGCCCAGUCCUAAUAUGACCUGGUUCAAGGGCUGGAAAAUCAACCGUAAAGAUGGCAGUGCCUCAGGCACCACACUGCUGGAGGCACUUGACGCCAUCCAGCCUCCAUCCCGACCCACUGACAAGCCUCUUCGUCUGCCUCUGCAAGACGUUUACAAAAUUGGAGGUAUUGGUACUGUGCCUGUGGGCCGAGUGGAAACAGGAGUCCUAAAACCUGGUAUGGUGGUGACAUUUGCUCCCGUCAAUGUGACCACUGAAGUCAAGUCGGUGGAGAUGCACCAUGAGGCCCUAAGUGAGGCACUGCCUGGGGACAACGUGGGUUUUAAUGUCAAGAAUGUCUCCGUGAAGGAUAUUCGCCGAGGCAACGUGGCCGGAGACAGUAGGAACGACCCACCACAGGAAGCAGCUGGCUUCACUUCCCAGGUUAUUAUCCUUAACCAUCCUGGUCAAAUCAGCGCUGGCUAUGCCCCUGUGCUCGACUGCCACACUGCACAUAUCGCUUGCAAGUUUGCAGAGCUAAAGGAGAAGAUAGACCGCCGCUCUGGAAAGAAACUGGAGGAUAACCCCAAGUUCCUGAAGUCUGGAGAUGCUGCCAUUGUGGACAUGAUCCCUGGCAAGCCUAUGUGCGUGGAGAGCUUCUCUGAGUACCCACCGCUUGGCCGUUUUGCUGUCCGUGACAUGCGUCAAACGGUGGCGGUGGGAGUGAUCAAAGGUGUGGAGAAGAAAGCCCCCACGAGUGGUAAGAUCACCAAAUCUGCACAGAAGGCACAGAAGACCAAAUGAACGUUGUGCUGGGCUGCUGCCCCAAACGUUCAGCACGGCAGAAGACCCGCAGACAUCUCGCUCCACCUGCACACCAUAGUAAACAUCUGGUCCAUUAUCACAAUGCAUCGCAAAAGCCGACGAAGGAAAAAAAAUCCUUUCAUUUAGAGAUUAACAUGUUAGCUCACUGUUAUACGUGCGUUUGAUCGGAUCUUGUUUCGUGCUUGAACAUCUCAACAGAUUUGCAUUACUGUUCAAAGACGUGCUGUUGUAGUUAAAUCUAACCUGCUAGUUGAAACACAGUAGAGAUGCCCUUCUCCUUCGUCUUUGUUGAAGUGACGCUUCUUGUUCAAGCUUUAAAAGUGAUAAGCUCAGCAGCCAAAAACAUACAGGCUGUUUGCACGUUUGCUUAUAGCACCUUAGUGGAACCAGCUUUAGAAACUGAAAUAUUCACACUGAACACCCUGCUUAACUUAAGCUUCCUUACAGUAGCACUGAAACACCCUACUGUAAAGUUUGUGCACCUUAAAUGCUGUUAUUUGUGAGAAUAUGUUCAUAAAAGUAAAAGAUGUUUAAAACCUUC